AGUAUUGCGGAGGUGUUCCGCUGUUUCAUCUGUAUGGAGAAGCUGCGGGACGCUCGGCUCUGCCCCCACUGCUCCAAACUCUGCUGCUUCAGCUGCAUACGGGUGGGUGAUGACAUGUCGCCACGGGCAACGAGGCCAGCUUGUUAGCGUAACACUUCACAGCUGGGAUAUGAGGGGAAAAUCUACAACAAGCCUUAAAAAUCGUCUGUUCAGACUAUCAUACUUAUAACUGACAGCAUUAGUGAAUUAAGAAAACGCUUUAGUAACCUAUUUUUCUUUUUUACCAGGGAAAACCAAUAUUCCACUGUCAUUUUAAUAAUGAUUUUAAUGAAUAGAACAAUUCUCAUUACAGUGUUUACUUUGAAGUGUCAGGCUACAAAUAUUGGAAAUAGAUGCAGUCAUGGGUGUUAGGCAUCCUGUAAAAACAUAUACAUCUAUACAGUGUUACAACCUCCUCUGCAAUGCUGACAUGUAACCUCUUCUAUUGACAGCGCUGGUUGACUGAGCAGAGAGCCCAAUGCCCACACUGUCGGUAAGCCCUCCUACUGUGUUUGAACACAGUACUUAGUAUUCCUGGCAGGGACUAGGGAAAGCGGGGGGAUACCUAGUCAGUUGCACAACUGAAUGCAUUUAACCCAACCCCUCUGAAUCAGAGAGGUGCGGGGGGCUGUCUUAAUCGACAUCCAUGUCAUCGGCGCCCGGGGAGCAAUUGUGAUUAACAACCUUUUUAGAAUUCAGGCAGCAGAGUUAUGAGUAAAUCGAGGGAAUUAAGUAUAGAUUUUCCCCCCAAAUUCACAGCGAGGACCGAUCUAGUGCCAGGAUCAAUUAAUGAUGCUAAAAGAAACACGUUUUUAAAGAAAUCUUAAAGGCAUACUAAACUUGGAGAUCUGUAUGUAACUGUUCCUUUGUCCAAAUUGUUUGAUUAGAUGGUUUUGGAUAGACUUAGGCUGUGGGCACCAUUUAGGGGGCAUUAUUUGUCAAGACUGAUCAUGUGUGUAUCUGUGUAUGACCUUAUGCGCGUGUGUCUGUAUCCAGGGCACCACUGCAGCUGCGGGAGCUGGUGAACUGCCGCUGGGCUGAAGAGGUUACCCAGCAGCUGGACACCCUGCAGCUCUGCAACCUCUCCAAACACGAGGAGAACGACAAGGACAAGUGAGCCCCAGCAUCCCUCCUCUAUCCCUCGCUCCCCUGUGACCCAUUGCCUCAUUCAUCAUCACUACCACAGCUUUCUUUCUCUCUGUUGUUCUCUCUGCCCUCGCUCCCCCUCUCUAUUCAUACCCUAUAUUUCUGUUAGGAUUGAAGACCUCUAAAACACAACCUGGACCCCAUUUAAACUAAAUGCAGUAUGAGGCAAAAGCAACCUAGAACAAUGUGUCCUUUCAGCUAGGAAAUGUGAAAGGCCCAGCACAUUGUAAAGUGGGCUGAGUUUAUAAAUGGCUUGUUGUUUUGCACUAGGUUUCCAUCCAAUAUGUGACAGAUUUUCAAGUGAAUAUUCUGAAAACUAUAUGCGUAUUUUCCCACGAGUUGUGUUCCCAUCAAACAGACUUGUUGUGGAUAGAAAACAGUGUGUCAUGACGUAGUGCACAUAAAAAAGCACUUAGUCGUAUAAGCUACUCUUUGAAGAGGUAGAGUUUUCUGGUGUUUUCGGAAGAUGGGCAGGGACUCUGCUGUCCUAGCUUCAGGGGGAAGCUGGUUCCACCAUUGGUGUGCCAGGACAGAGACGAGCUUGGACUGGGCUGAGCGGGAGCUGCCCUCCUGUAGUGGUGGGAGGGCCAAGAGACCAGAGGUGGCAGAACGGAGUGCUCGGGUUAGGGUGUAGGGUUUGAGCAUAGCCUGAAGGUAGGGAGCGGCAGUUCCUCUUGCUGCUCCGUAGGCAAGCACUUUGAUCUUGUGGUGGAUGCGACCUUCGACUGGAAGUCAGUGGAGGAGGUGGGUAACAUUGGAGAACUUGGGAAGGUUGAAAUCCAGGCGGGCUGCUGCGUUCUGGAUAAGUUGCAGGGGUUUGAUGGCACAAGCAAGGAGCCCAGCCAACAGGGAGUUGCAGUAGUCCAGACUGGAGAUGACAAGUGCCUGGAUUAGGACCUGCGCCAGUUCCUGUGUGAGGUAGGGUCGUACUCUACGGAUGUUGUAGAGCAUGAACUUGCAAGAGCGAGGUACUGCUUUGAUGUUUGCAGAGAACGACAGUGUUGUCCAGGGUCACGCCAAGGUUCUGUGGAGUUGUCAACUGUGAUGUCAGUCCCCUGUAGCUCAGUUGGUAGAGCAUGGCACUUGCAACGCCAGGGUUGUGGGUUCGUUUCCCACGGGGGACCAGUAUGAAAAUGUAUGCACUCACUAACUGUAAGUCGCUCUGGAUAAGAGCGUCUGCUAAAUGACUUAAAUGUAAAUGUAAAAAUGUGAUGGAGAGGUCUUUGAGCGGGCAGGCCUUCCCCGGGAGGAAGAGCAGCUCAGUCCUGUCGAGCUUGAGGUGGUGGGCCGACAUCCGAGCUGAGAUAUCUGCCAGGCGUGCAGAGAUGUCUCGCCACCUGGGUGUCAGAAGAGGGGAAGGAGAAAAGUUGAGUGUCAUCUGCAUAGUAAUGAUAGGAGACACCAUGUGAGGAUAUGACGGAGCUGAGUGACUUGGUGUAUAGAGAGAAGAGGAGAGCCCUGGGGGACACCAGUAGUGAGAGUACGUGGUGCAGACAAAGAUCAUCUCCACGUCACCUAGUAGGAGCGGCCUGCCAGGUAGGAUGCAAUCCAAGGGUGUGCAUAGCCUGAAAUGCUCAGCCCUAAGAGGGUGGAGAGGAGGAUCUGAUGGUUCACUGUGUCAAAGGCAGCGGAUAGAUCUAAGAGGAUGAGAACAGAGGAGCGAGUCAGCUUUGGCAGUGUGGAGAGCCUCUGUCACACAGAGGCUCAGUCUCGGUUGAGUGACCCGUCAUGAAGCCUGACUUGUUAUGGUCAAGAAGAUUGUUCUGAGAGAGAAGAGUUGAUGAGAGACAGCACACUCUCAAGUGUUUUGAAAAGAAAGGGAUAUAGGUCCUUAGUUUUUUACUUCACGAAUCGAGUGUUGGUUUUUUGAGGGGAGCAUUCUGGCCAUUUUGAAGUCAGUGGGGACGCAGCCAGUGGUCAGGGAUUAGUUAAUGAGGGAAAUUAGGAAUGGAAUAAGGUCUCCAGAGAUGGUCUGGAGAAGAGAGGAGGGGAUGGGGUCGAGCGGGCAGGUUGUCGGGCGGCCAGACCUCACUAGUCGCAGGAUUUCAUCUGGAGAGAAUGGGGAGAAAGAGGUCAAGGCAUAGGGUAGUUUUGUGUGAGUGGGACCAGUGGACUCAAUAGGCUGAGUGAAUGAGGAGCGAAUGUCUUCAACCUUCUUUUCAAAGUGGUUGACAAAGUCAUCCACAGAGAAGGAGGGGGUGGAGGAUUAAGGAGGGAGGAGAAGGUGGAAAAUAGUUUCCUAGGGUUAGAUGCAGAGGAAGAUAAGGUAGAGAGGAGGGAGUGAAAGGAUGAUAGGUCCUCCGGAAGUUUAGUUUUCCUCCAUUUUUUCUCAGCUGCCCACAGCCCUGUUCUAUGAGCUUGCAAUGAGUCACUCAGCCACUGAGCAGGAGGGGAGGGCUGAGCUGGCCGGGAGGAAAGGGGACUGUGCGAGUCAUAGGAUGUGGAAAGGGAGGAGAGUAGGGUUGAAGAGGCAGAAUCAGGAGACAGGAGGGAGCAGGAUUUAGCAGAAGGAAGAGAUGAUAGGAUAGAAGAGGAGAAAGUAGUGGGAGGGAAAGAGCGAUGAUUGCGACGGCGCAUGACCAUCUGGGUAGGGGCUGAGUGGCUAGGGUUGGAGAAAAGGGAGACAGAAAAGGAAACAAAGUAGUGAUCAGAGAUCUGGAGGGGGGUUGCAGUGAGAUUAGUAGGCGAACAGCCUCUAGUAAAGAUGAGGUCAAGCGAAUUGCCUGCCGUGUGAGUUGGAAGGGAUUGGAAAAGGGUGAGGUCAAAAAGGCAAGGAGGGGAAAGAGAGAGUUGGAAAGAAAGGCAGACAUCGGGAGGUUGAAGUCGCCAAGUACGAAGAGCGGUGAGCCAUCGUCAGGAAAUGAGCUUAUCAAGGUGUCAAGCUUAUUGAGGAACUCGCCAAGUGCACCUAAUGGACGAUAGAUGACAACAAUGUUAAACUCGAGUGGACAAGUGACAGCAUGGCAUUCAAAUGAGAUGGACAGGUGAGAGAGGGAGAAAAUAUAAAAUCUCCAGUUAGGAGAAAUGAAUAGCCAUGUGCCACCACCGUGAUGACCAGAUGCUCUUGGACUAAGAGAAAAAAGGUAGUCAGUUGAAGAGUGCAGCUGGAGUAGCAGUGUUCUCUGGGGUGAUCCAUGUCGCCGUCAGGACCAAAAAGUAAAGGGACUGAAGGGCAGCAUAGGCUGAGAUGAACUCUGUAUUUUUGACAGCAGAUCGGCAGUUCCAAACGCUGCCAGAGACCCGGAAUUCCACAUGGGUUGUGCGUGCAGGGUACAGUAAAUUAGAAGGGUUGAAGCCAAGGGGUGGGGAGCGUCUGUAAAGCCUACAGGGAGAGGAGCGAACAGGUAUAGAAAACACACACAUAGUUGCCAAAGCUACAAAAGCGCUAAAUGAGAUCAUCAGAAAAUAACUAUGUAAGAUACUGAAGUGAUAGAGUGGUGUGGAGCCUUCCUCGAACAACUCCGCAGAACAACCCGGCAGAACCGUCUUUGUUUCGGUGACGGUCUUAGUUUUGCCGACGAGACCGCCACUGACACAACCACCACUUACAGCUGCCGCUGAGAAACCAGGGGAGACUGAAGUACUAACACUAAUUGCUGAUUGCCUAGGAGAGGAGAAACCCCUCCCCCGCCAAUACUGCCUCUGAUUACCAAAACAAGUCACAAAUUACCCUGCCCCUUAAUCCUGGUUGAUGUGUCAACAAUCAUCUGCAAGUUUUGAGCAGUCGCAGUUCACACACCAAGUAGGCUUCAGCAGUUCACACACCAAGAAGGCUACUGCGAAGACAGGCAGCACUUAAAGUAGAUGGCCCUAGCUAGAAAAAAUACAGUACUAGACAACAACAGAUAAAGACAAAAAUUAUACUUAUCACUCCUGGAGAUAUCAGGAGUCCUCUAGCUAUAGAAUGAAGCACUUGUUGCAUAAUCUACAGUACCAGUCAAAAGUUUGGACUCACCUACUCAUUCCGGGGUUUUUCUUUAUUUUUACUAUUUUCUACAUUGUAGAAUAAUAGUGAAGACAUCAACACUAUGAAAUAACACUUAUGGAAUCAUGUAGUAACAAAAAAAGUGUUAAACAAAUCAAAAUAUAUUUUAUAUUUGAGAUUCUUCAAAUAGCCACCCUUUGCCUUGAUGGCAGCUUUGCACACUCUUGGCAUUCUCUCAACCAGCUUCAUGAGGUAGUCACCUGGAAUGCAUUUCAAUUAACAGGUGUGCCUUCAAUUUGUGGAAUUUAUUUAAUUCUUAAUGCGUUUGAGCCAAUCAGUUGUGUUAUGACAAGGUAGGGGGUUAUACAGAAGAUAGCCCUAUUUGGUAAAAGACCAAGUACAUAUUAUGGCAAGAACAGCUCAAAUAAGCAAAGAGAAAUGACAGUCCAUCAUUACUUUAAGACAUGAAGGUCAGUCAAUCUGGAAAAUUUCAAGAACUUUGAAAGUUUCUUCAAGUGCAGUCGCAAAAACCAUCAAGCGCUAUGAUGAAACUGGCUCUCAUGAGGACCGCCACAGGAAUGGAAGACCCAGAGUUACCUCUGCUGCAGAGGAUAAGUUCAUUAGAGUUACCAGCCUCAGAAAUUGCAGCCCAAAUAAAUGCUUCACAAAGUUCAAGUAACAGACUGUGUGAAUCAGGCCUUCAUGGUCGAAUUGCUGCAAAGAAACCACUACUAAAGGACACCAAUAAGAAGAAGAGACCUGCUUGGGCCAAGAAACACGAGCAAUGGACAUUAGACCGGUGGAAAUGUGUCCUUUGGUCUGGAGUCCAAAUUUGAGAUUUUUGGUUCCAACUGCUGUGUCUUUGAGACGCGGUGUGGAUGAACGGAUGAUCUCUGCAUGUGUAUUUCCCACCAUAAAGCAUGGAGGAGGAGGUGUUAUGGUGUGGGGGUGCUUUGCUGGUGACACUGUCUGUGAUUUAUUUAGAAUUCAAGGCACACUUAACCAGCAUGGCUACCACAGCAUUCUGCAGUGAUACACCAUCCCAUCUGGUUUGGGCUUCGUGGGAUUGUCAUUUGUUUUUCAACAGGACAAUGACCCAACACACCUCCAGGCUGUGUAAGGGCUAUUUGACCAAGAAGGAGAGUGAUGGAGUGCUGCAUCAGAUGACCUGGCCUCCACAAUCCUCUCACCUCAACCCAAUUGAGAUGGUUUGGGAUGAGUCGGACUGCAGAGUGAAGGAAAAGCAGCCAACAAGUGCUCAGCAUAUGUGGGAACUCCUUCAAGACCGUUGGAAAAGCAUUCCAGGUGAAGCUGGUUGAGAGAAUGCCAAGAGUGUGCAAAGCUGUCAUCAAGGCAAAGGGUGGCUAUUUGAAGAAUCUCAAAUAUAAAUACAUUUUGAUUUGUUUAACACUUUUUUGGUUACUACAUGAUUCCAUAUGUGUUAUUUCAUAGUUUUGAUGUCUUCACUAUUAUUCUACAAUGUAAAAAAUAGUAAAAAUAAAGAAAAACCCUUGAAUGAGUAGGUGUGUCCAAACUUUUGACUGGUAGUGUAUUUCAAAUUGGCCAUGUUGUCAAGCGUAUUUUGUUUUGUUCGACUUUUGAAAAGUUUAUCGACAAAUUCUGCGUUUCCAUCAGGCCUAUCGUGACAUUUUUUAUCCGACAUGUACUUUACUCGCAUAAGAAGGUUGGAUGGUAACCUGCUUCAUGUGACAGAAAAUGUGCUGAGAAGAGAUUCCAUAGGGUCUGGAUGUGUCAGUUGUCUAUGGUUUGUCUACAGGUGUGAGAACCACCAUGAGAAGCUCAGUGUGUUCUGCUGGACCUGUAAGAAGUGCAUCUGCCACCAGUGUGCUCUGUGGGGAGGCAUGGUAAGUGGCCCACAGAGGAGUAUUCUCAGUCAAGCCCACAUACCUUUGGUAUAACAAAACAAGUGCUCUGUCAUUUUUAUGUUUACCCCUUUUCCUUCCCCAAGCAUGGCGGCCACACCUUCAAGCCUCUGGCUGAGAUCUACGAGCAGCACGUGACCAAGGUGAACGAGGAGGUGGCCAAGCUCCGCCGCCGCCUCAUGGAGCUCAUCAGCCUGGUGCAGGAAGUGGUGAGGGGCACUUGUUUCGGUUUCUUUUUUUAGCUUGGUUAGAAGCACACAUGAAAGAAUAGUAUCAAUAUCACUACUGCACACUGCUGAAUUUAGCCACUAGAUGGCACAAGGGCACUACAGCUAAUUCUCCUCUGUAGUGAUGGGAUGCCUCCUCUACUCUAUCCCUCUGUGAUGACAGAUGAAGUUACCGUUGUACCAAAAUACAUUACUGCUCCGCAACAGUCUGCCUUAAUUCAACAUAUGUUUUCUGGCUCUCUCAGGAAAGGAAUGUGGAAGCAGUGCGAGGGGCCAAAGACGAGCGAGUGCGAGAGAUCCGUAAUGCAGUAGAGAUGAUGAUUGCCCGUCUGGACAACCAGCUCAAAAACAAACUCAUCACCCUCAUGGGUACGCUCAUUUCAUGACACCAUUCAGGUUUCUCUCUAGUCACUGGAAUGCCCUUCUAUGUCACUGAAAUAUUAUCUUUAAAUGAAAAUGUCCUCUCACAACAGGUCAGAAGACCUCCCUCACCCAAGAGACUGAGCUACUGGAGUCUCUCCUGCAAGAGGUGGAACAUCAGGUGUGUGUACCAUACCAGUAUACAGUGUACCAUUUAAAAAAAAGAUUUAACACCAAUAAACCGAAAGGCAAUGGGAACACCAUAGGUAGCACUAAAAGUGGAUUGGAAAUGUGUUGUACCUGCUUGAGAGGGUGUGUUUCUUGCAGGACAUACUGUGUUGUCUUGUGGUUUGUGUAGGCAGGUGUUUAGGAGGAGAGUGGGGAGUGAGCGUUUUCGGUGGCAGUCUGGCACGCCACACCGUACAGCACUCUGGGUAGCAGGAAGCUGAGCGAGAGGAGGCACUGAGCCACCAAUCGUCUAGAGGCUUUCUGUCUUUUCAUAUCCUCUUCAUCUGCACUGGCCCUGAACAGACAGGAUGGUCAAAGCAGUGAUGUUCAUGACCAUGAUGUGCUUUCACCUGUCCAGUUCUUUCACAUCAGUGCAGAUAAAGAAAAGGAGAAAAGGAUAGGAAGCCACUUCAGACUACUGAGAUGCACUUUUUGUUUUCUGAGCAAACUGAUUUGAAACUUUAAGAAACCAGGUGCGUUCGCCCUGAUUUGAAACUUGUGAAAAACAUCAAGAUUUUAUGGUGUUAGAUGAGUAAAUGAUUGACGAGAGCUUGAUUAUCCUACCCAUUUCACAGUCCAGAGAUUUCUUUAUUUCAAAACUGAGCCUAAAUUCAAUGGUUGCCAGUGCCCUGAGAGAAUGGCUGUCCAUUCCGACAUGUAAAUCUUUCAGGACUUUUCUCAGGGUCUUUAAUGCUUUUUGCAUAGUAAUUUGAGGAAAAACAACAAGCUGUUCUCAAACCUUCACACAGGUGUUUUCUUAUAAAUUGACUUCUCUGAAGUCACAACCUUGGCUUUUUCAUCGCCUGUGGAACUUUACCUUGAGUGUGUCAUGCCACCAGUGAAAUGAGAUGCAUUAAGAGUGGGGGUGGCGGGGGAGUGGUGGUCAGGUGUUGCCCUGCAGAGCUCUUCAAUUGUGUGUGGUGUUCUCUGUCCUACAGCUGCGCUCCUGCAGUAAGAGCGAGUUGAUCUCCAAGAGUCCAGAGAUCCUGCUCAUGUUCCAGCAGGUUCACCGCAAGCCCAUGCAGUCCUUUGUCACCACUCCAGUCCCCCCAGACUUCACCAGGUAACAUACUAACUAAACCUACUGCACAAAACCCAUUUGGCAUUUUACUGUACCUACACACCUCCCUAGGUACUGUACUAAACCACAGAUCAUGCGACUAGAGAACUUGAUAAUAUUUUUUUGGCAUAUUUUAUUGUCGGCAGAGAAAGGAGGCUCCACUUAGAUGUUCAGUUCAAUUUUGUAUUGUCAGAUAUACAUUUCCAUUUGGAUGAUUCAUAAUGCAGCAAGAUAUUGUUAUGCUUUUAAUGGAUAUUUCAUGACAUUGAGAAGUGUAAUUACGGAACAACACUCUCUCUCCACAGUGAGCUGGUUCCUGCCUAUGACUCAAGCACUUUUGUUCUGGCAAACUUCAGGUAAAAAAAUCAUCUCUGUAUCUAGUCUUGAAAAUGUUUGGAUAUGAGCUUGUGUAUGCACAAGGAAUAGAAAUCGACAGUCUUUGAACAACAAACUAAACAUCUUUUAGCUUCCGUUUCUUGGAAAAUAGUAAAGUACCCCAUUGGGUUGCUCAUACUUUAUUUUGGGUUGCCAGGUCCAAGGCUCUGAUUAAGGCAACCAGGGACACGUCGGCCCAUGAUGAGCAAUCUCUCUCUCGUUGUGACACUUCACCAAGAAGCAGUUGGAAAUGUCUUGUUUAAUGAAUGGGUUCCUCCUAUCUGACUUGUUUUUCUGCCUGUGUGUUGCGUUGUCCUUACAGCACCCUGAGACAGAGGGCAGAUCCCGUCUACAGCCCACCACUCCAGAUAUCUGGCAUCUGCUGGAGACUCAAGGUUUACCCAGUGAGUAGACACACCAACAAUUGGUUGUUCUCUAGUACUUAGUAGUAAUUGCUACCAAACUACUAAUGAUCUCUUAUGUUCAUCAUAUCUUACUCUAACUACUAGAUUUGAUAUGUCACCUUUUCCACAACUAAGUGGUCAAUAUUGGAGAUUGUGAAAAACUCUCUGGUUUAAUGUUCAUCAUUAUUAGGGGUUCAAGCAGCGAACCUGGUGAAACCCUGUUGGAUUUCUUGGCAUUCAGUACGGGUUCAAGCAGCAAAGCUGGUUUCUUCUGGUUUAUUAUUAUUAUUAUUAUUAUUAUUAUUAUUAUUAUUAUACCGGUUCUUCUUGCAAGGAAAAUGUAACAUGCAAAUUCCUGUGAGAUGUUAAGGCAGAGGGUGCAACUUGACAUGAUGGUAAAGGCCAAUUGGCCACAAGGUAGCACUAUAACAGGCAAUUUAAAUUGCAUACUUUGAAAAGUCACGCCUCUCACCCCAUAUGACCUAAUGUCCUGAAAUUCAGUGCAUAUGUCCCUCUUCUCACAAGGAUCACAUUUGCCUCAAGGACCCAUAAUGUCUGUCAUAAUGGAUUUUCCGGCAUUUAGAAUUUUGUGAAAAACACUUAAAUGACAUAUCCUCCACUGGGUUGAUCUGGAUGAACCUUGACAUAUGGCAUCUAUGGACCAAGGUCUCUCAACGCAAUAUUUUCCAGACUGGCAUGUCAAACAACAUGGCGCUACUGACCAAUAAAUGUGAUCGUGGUCUGGCACAUUAAUGCAUAUAAAUCAGACAUUAAUAUUUGUGUUGUAACCAAACUUGGUACACAUGUUCAAAACACUGUCAAGACUCAACAUAUGCAAGUAUAUUCAGAUCGACGUUGUUGGCACUAUUAUGGCACAUGUUUAUAUCUCUCGAUCGUUUUGACUCGGUGAUGCAAUUUGGCACACAUUUUAUGAGUCUAGCUAAUCUGUUAAGUAUGGUUAUGGUUCAGUUUGGCCGCAUGUGGGCGCUGUUGGAAAAAGAAUAAUUCAUGCAAGCUUAUUGCGGCCAUAUUGUUUGAGCAAGCGUCUUGGAAAAUAUUGCGUUUGAAGAUGUUAAUCCAUAUGUGAUGUAUACCAAAUUUGGUGCAGAUCAGUCUAGCUGUUUUGGAGAAAAUGUUUAAACUAGUCAACAUCAUAAAAAAUAGUCCAAAAUAUGCAUAUUGCAUGAUUUUUAAAAUUUUGUGUUGUGGUAUUUGGCAAGCGUGAUAAGGAGUACAGAAGUAGCUCCUCUAGAGCGAUAUGCCCACAUCUUGAACCCCGACAUUGCUUCUUGCAGCUAUAUUUAUUAUGUUCCUUCUGCCAAUUUGGUGAAAAAAUGUGAAUUCCAGUGAGAUGGUAAGGCCUAGGAGGGUGCACCCUUGCAUUAUGGUAAAGGGCCAAAGGCCACACCCUCCUAUGCAAUUCCAUGCCAAUUGGCCAGAUGGUGGCGCUAUAACAAGAGAUUGAAAAUGCAAACUUUGAAAGCUCACUCCGUGUGACGUAGAGUCGUGAAAUUUGGAACAUAGGUCUGUCUCUUCACAAGGAACAAAUUUGCCUCAACAACCCAUAAGGUCCGCCAUGAUGGAUUUUUCGCCAUUUACAAUUUGGUGAAAAACACUUAAUAUGCUACUCCUCUGGCACUGAAUGACCGAUCUGCACGAAACUUGAUAUAUGACCUCUUUGGACCAAGGUCUCUUAACGCUAUAUAACACACUAGUAUAUCAAACAAAAUGGCCGCUACUGACCAAUAAACAUUAAUGUGGGCAUGGUCUGGCACGGAAAUGCAUAUAAAUCAGACACUGAUAAUCGUAGUGUAACAACUUGGUACAUAUGUCCCAAACAUAUGCAAGCACAUUCAGAUCGACCACACAGUGAUGCUAUAAUGGACAUGUUUAUAUCUCUUGAUCUGUUUGACUCCGAGUGAUGAAUUUUGACACGUGCUCAGGGACAUGAGUAGCUAAGCUGUAAAGUAUGGUUAAGUUUGGCCACAUGGUGGCGCUGUUGGACAGGAUAAAACAUUAAUGCAAGCUCAUUGGCUCAUAGCAGGCGUAUCGUUUGAGCUGGUGUCCUGGAAAAUAUAGGGUUUGAAGACAUGGGUACAUAGAUGCUAUGUACCAAUUGCUCCAUUGGUUCUGGAGAAGAAGACGUGUAAAGUAUUUAACAUCAUUGAAAAUUUGUGCUGCGCGAUUAACCAAAAUGAGUUUUUAACAAUUAAUUGACCAACGUCUGUUCAAUUAUUUGAAUUCCAUUUAGUUCAGUUUUUUACUGUGCACAGUUUCUCUAGAGAUACAUCCGAUCCAGCUUGAACCUCUGCUUGCACCCCUGCUUGCAGCUAUAUUGUGUGUUUGUUUUUCCCUUCAGGAUGGCAAUGGUGUGGUGCGUGGCAACUAUCUGUCAGUUUUCUUGGAACUAUCUGCAGGACUCCCUGAAACGUCAAAGUAUGUUUUUCUCAAAUUAUUGGAAUUUCUCUUUCUUUGAAUCAAGUUUUCACUUGUAUUUAUGUCACCUUCAACGUGUGUAUUUUGUGUGUCUAUAGAUAUGAGUACCGUGUGGAGAUGGUCCAUCAGGCCUCCAGCGACCCCACUAAGAACAUCAUCAGGGAGUUUGCAUCAGACUUUGAGGUGGGGGAGUGCUGGGGCUACAACCGCUUCUUCAGACUGGACCUGCUGGCUAGCGAGGGCUACCUCAACAUGCAGACUGACACAGUGGUCCUCAGGUUACCACUAAUACACAUUAGAGAGAAAGAUGCCAUUUCUUUAUCAAUUCUUAUAACUCUGGGUUUAGUGUCUUCAUUGAAGUCUUGUUUGGCUGUUGAGUUGACUGUCUCUCUCCUGAACAGGUAUCAGGUGCGUUCGCCCACCUUCUUCCAGAAGUGCAGAGACCAGUACUGGUACAUUAGCCAGCUGGAGUCAGCCCAGUCCAGCUACAUCCAGCAGAUCAACAACCUCAAAGAGGUGGGUUUUAGAUCACCACAAAUUAAUCUCUAAUUAAUGUAAACUAAAAUGAUUUGCGGUAAGUCAGUGCAUAUUAUGUCUACACGUUCUCAGAGGCUGGCCAUUGAGCUGUUCCGUAGGCAAAAGUCUCGCAGCUCGUCCCCUCCUGACCAGCGCCUGUGCCCCUCGACCUCAGAGAGAGACUCCCGCUCAGGGAAAGGCCCCGUGGCUGAGGAUGGCUGCCAGACCACUGCCACCGAGACCAAAGAGGAAGAGGAGGAGGAGAAGACCCAGCACGAUGACUCCAAUGUGAGUCACUCCGACAUGAUCACUUUGUCAUCAUAUUCAUGAUGACCACAGAGGUUCACUCUGUAUUGGUUCAUAUUUAUGGUUCAAGAUGGUGCACACAACACAUGAUUAUAGUACCCACACACACCGAUUAGAAGCUCUUCAGUUUUAUAGCUACAGUGAGGGAAAGUAUUUGAUCCCCUGUUGAUUUUGUACGUUUGCCCACUGACAAAGACAUGAUCAGUUUAUAAUUUUAAUGGUAGGUUUAUUUGAACAGUGAGAGACAGAAUAACAACAAAAAAAUCCAGAAAAAACGCCUGUCAAAAAUGUUAUAAAUUGAUUUGCAUUUGAAUGAGGGAAAUAAGUAUUUGACCCCUCUGCAAAACAUGACUUAGUACUUGGUGGCAAAACCCUUGUUGGCAAUCACAGAGGUCAGAUGUUUCUUGUAGUUGGCCACCAGGUUUGCACACAUCUCAGGAGGGAUUUUGUCCCACUCCUCUUUGCAGAUCUUCUCCAAGUCAUUAAGGUUUCGAGGCUGACGUUUGGCAACUCGAACCUUCAGCUCCCUCCACAGAUUUUCUAUGGGAUUAAGGUCUGGAGACUGGCUAAGCCACUCCAGGACCUUAAUUUGCUUCUUCUUGAGCCACUCCUUUGUUGCCUUGGCCGUGUGUUUUGGGUCAUUGUCAUGCUGGAAUACCCAUCCACGACCCAUUUUCAAUGCCCUGGCUGAGGGAAGGAGGUUCUCACCCAAGAUUUGACGGUACAUGGCCCCGUCCAUCGUCCCUUUGAUGCGGUGAAGUUGUCCUGUCCCCUUAGCAGAAAAACACCCCCAAAGCAUAAUGUUUCCACUUCCAUGUUUGACGGUGGGGAUGGUGUUCUUGGGGUCAUAGGCAGCAUUCCUCCUCCUCCAAACACGGUGAGUUGAGUUAAUGCCAAAGAGCUCGAUUUUGGUCUCAUCUGACCACAACACUUUCACCCAGUUCUCAUCUGAAUCAUUCAGAUGUUCAUUGGCAAACUUCUGACGGGCCUGUAUAUGUGCUUUCUUGAGCAGGGGGACCUUGCAGGCGCUGCAGGAUUUCAGUCCUUCACGGCGUAGUGUGUUACCAAUUGUUUUCUUGGUGACUAUGGUCCCAGCUGACUUGAGAUCAUUGACAAGAUCCUCCCGUGUAGUUCUGGGCUGAUUCCUCACCGUUCUCAUGAUCAUUGCAACUCCACGAGGUGAGAUCUUGCAUGGAGCCCCAGGCCGAGGGAGAUUGACAGUUCUUUUGUGUUUCUUCCAUUUGCGAAUAAUCGCACCAACUGUUGUCACCUUCUCACCAAGCUGCUUGCCGAUGGUCUUGUAGCCCAUUCCAGCCUUGUGUAGGUCUACAAUCUUGUCCCUGACAUCCUUGGAGAGCUCUUUGGUCUUGGCCAUGGUGGAGAGUUUGGAAUCUGAUUGAUUGAUUGCUUCUGUGGACAGGUGUCUUUUAUACAGGUAACAAGCUGAGAUUAGGAGCACUCCCUUUAAGAGUGUGCUCCUAAUCUCAGCUGGUUACCUUUAUAAAAGACACCUGGGAGCCAGAAAUCUUUCUGAUUGAGAGGGGGUCAAAUACUUAUUUCCCUGAUUUAAAAUGAAAAUCAAUUUAUAACAUUUUUUACAUGCGUUUUUCUGGAUUUUUUUGUUGUUAUUCUGUCUCACUGUUCAAAUAAACCUACCAUUAAAAUUAUAGACUGAUAAUUUCUUCGUCAGUGGGCAAACGUACAAAAUCAGCAGGGGAUCAAAUACUUUUUUCCCUCACUGUAUGUAUGUCUCGAGGCCAGUGGUCGAAACGGUUAAAUGGUCUGUGGAUAGGAUAGUCUCCUUCAUAUUCACACAGGGGCGCAACUUUGGUUUUAGAAGUGGGGGGGACAUAAUAAAUAAAUAUAUAUACAGUGGGGAAAAAAAGUAUUUAGUCAGCCACCAAUUGUGCAAGUUCUCCCACUUACAAAGAUGAGAGAGGCCUGUAAUUUUCAUCAUAGGUACACGUCAACUAUGACAGACAAAUUGAGAAUUUUCUUCCCAGAAAAUCACAUUGUAGGAUUUUUAAUGAAUUUAUUUGCAAAUUAUGGUGGAAAAUAAGUAUUUGGUCACCUACAAACAAGCAAGAUUUCUGGCUCUCACAGACCUGUAACUUCUUCUUUAAGAGGCUCCUCUGUCCUCCACUCGUUACCUGUAUUAAUGGCACCUGUUUGAACUUGUUAUCAGUAUAAAAGACACCUGUCCACAACCUCAAACAGUCACACUCCAAACUCCACUAUGGCCAAGACCAAAGAGCUGUCAAAGGACACCAGAAACAAAAUUGUAGACCUGCACCAGGCUGGGAAGACUGAAUCUGCAAUAGGUAAGCAGCUUGGUUUGAAGAAAUCAACUGUGGGAGCAAUUAUUAGGAAAUGGAAGACAUACAAGACCACUGAUAAUCUCCCUCGAUCUGGGGCUCCACGCCAAAAUCUCACCCAUGAAAACUUAGAUACAAGACGGUGCAGCGACAGUCCCAAACCAUCACUGACCUAGUGGAUGACCUCAGAGAGUGGGCCAAAAAACUACCACGCAACACGGCGUGACAAAUCCUAGUGGCUCAGAACGUUGCCUGCUUAUGCCAAAAGUGUAGUACAAAGUUUGAGAAACUUUUGGAUGACCAAAGUACGAUUUGGACAUAAUGUCAAUAUGUCGAUUGAAACCAAAUUGACUUUUUGGUAAAAAAAAUUCCUUUUUGUGACAAGAUGCUGGUUGUACCAUGAAAACAUACCGCUGUGAAUCUUUAGUGGGAAACUGCAAUUGGUGGGCUGUUUUUUCCGCAAGGUACCAGAUACUUGAUCCUUAAUAUCCAUGUUCGUGAAUUUAGUAAAACCUCCUUCCAUCAGCAAGGGCAUUGAAGAUGAAACGUGGCUGGGUCUUUCAGCAUGACAAUGAUCCCAAACACACCGCCCGGGCAACGAAGGAGUGGCUUCGUAAGAAGCAUUUCAAGGUCCUGGAGUGGCCUAGCCAGUCUCCAGAUCUCAACCCCAUAGAAAAUCUUUGGAGGGAGUUGAAAGUCCGUGUUGCCCAGCGACAGCCCCAAAACAUCACUGCUCUAGAGGAGAUCUACAUGGAGGAAUGGGCCAAAAUACCAGCAACAGUGUGUGAAAACCUUGUGAAGACUUACAGAAAACGUUUGACCUGUGUCAUUGCCAACAAAGGGUAUAUAACAAAGUAUUGAGAAACUUUUGUUAUUGACCAAAUACUUAUUUUCCACCAUAAUUUCCAAAUAAAUUCAUUAAAAAUCCUACAAUGUGAUUUUCUGGAAAAAAAAUUCUCAUUUUGUCUGUCAUAGUUGACGUGUACCUAUGAUAAAAAUUACAGGCCUCUCUCAUCUUUUUAAGUGGGAGAACUUGCACAAUUGGUGGCUGACUAAAUACUUUUUUUCCCCACUGUAUAUAUUAUUUAUUUAUUUUAUCCAGUCGGAUAAACACUCCAAACAGCCUACCCGACCGCUCGGAGGCGUCCGUAUGGUCCUAAAGCACACCGUUGCCUCGUUUUGUAUCACAUUCCAAUGAUAAAACUGGGGGUGGGGGACAAAAAUGCAAGUUGCGCCCCUGUAUUCACAUAAUAAUAUUUUAACAGAAGAAGAUAAAAUACAGCAGAGUAGGAAAAGCUGUUUCGUGUUAAGCACUAAAUGCUGUUAUGUAAAUGCUGCGCUAACGUUGUGGUGUGGUCAGGAGCUGUCUGAUGGGGACUUGGAAGGGGACUGUCUGACGGGGGACGAGGAGGUCAACCCUCUGGAUGGUAGCAGCACCUCGGGCAGCUCCACGGCAACCAGCAACACAGAGGAGAACGACAUCGACGAGGAGACCAUGUGA